AUGGUCCGCUCAGUGGCCUCUCCGUUGCGCACGGAUGCCUGUCGCAUCCUGCAGCAGGUCUUGUCCCAGGGCGGACCCACGUGCGCCACGACCUUGCGGCGCUGGGCCAAAGAGGGUCGGAGCUACCGCGGGGAGACUUUCAGCCUUCAGGAGGUCGAAGCGGCCAUCACGGCGUUUGAGGCCUUGCGGGCAGAGAAGCCAAAGCAGGCCCCUGAGGCAGAUGUCGAGCCGCCGAUCCAGCCCACAACGGCCGAGAAGGAGCAGUCAGAGGGCUCCUUGGGAUUGCGGGUCACCUUGAAGUCCAAGAGUUGGCCUUCCAGCCAUGCCCUGGAGGCGGCCAAAGAGGUGGUGAAGUCUUUGGGCCGCUGUGGUGAGGAUUUGAAGGUAGAUACUGGAGUUUUAAGAAGUCUCUUCGAGUCGCACACACGCGGAGCCUGUUGGCCUGACGUGUUCUUGGUCUGCGGCCGCGUGCGGGUGGGCGCACACAAGGCCGUCUUGGCAAGCUUCUCCGAUGUGCUGCAGAUCAAGUUUCACGGUGCCUUCAGCGAUGCUUCCGACAAAAUCCUCAAAGUGACGCAGAGCCUCGACGUGAUCCGCGCUGUGGUGGAGUUCCUUUACACCGGACACUGCGACGUGGACAUCGCUUCCCUGGGCGAACUCGUGGUGCUGGCGGACUUUUGGCAGUCAGACAUCCUCUUGGAGGCGGCCAGCCAGUCCUGGUACAAGCUGCCCAUCGUGCACCAGUUUGAGGUCCUAUCCAGCUUGGAUGAGGAGUCCUUGGUCCCUCGUGCAAUGGUUGGCGCCUUGGUCGAUUCCUUGGGACAAAGCUUCGGGCACGCGUCCCAGCGCUUUCCGCAUGAUCACUGCUGGAAAUUGCUGCGAGAACUGCACGAGUGGCUUGCAAGAAUGCCUGAAACUGCCGUGGCUCGGCUGCGACAUUGGCUCUCCAUGGAGGAGGAUGAGCUUCCAAAGACCCUGGAGCGCUUCUUCAUCCAGGGCAUCAAGGCGGCCUCUCUGCCAUCACAAGAGGAAGAGCUCCGGCAGCUGCUGCGCAAGAGGAAUCUGAAGACCUGGCUGCCUGAAGCCAUGCAGCGGCGCAUCGUCUCUCAGCUAAGUGAAGGAGAGAAACUCUUUGAAGAGUCCGGACAGGUAGCCUUUUGGUUCACUUGGGCGUGUUCUGGAGGCCUGCGUUGCCAAGUCUUGCUGGAUGUGUUCCGCGCUGCGCAGCAGAAAGAACUCUCCAUGGAGGGUGCGGACUUGACUUCAGUGGGACUACAACUUCAAGGCCUGGAGAAAACGGUUGGCAUGGCUUUAGCGGAGGAGAGCUACCACACGGAGGAGUGCAGCUUCUGGGAGCGCAGCUGGGAAAGCUCGGAGCCGGUGUGCCAACACGCGGCCAGCGGCUUCGGCCGGGGUGCCCUGCGCGGCAGGCCCUUGCCUCCGUUGACCUUGCCGGUGGCGCAUGCGGCGCUUUUGGAGGCGCUGGGUAAGGCGGAGGUCUAUGCCGUCUCGGUGGUGGGCCCCGAGGCCGUGGCUGGCAUUUACAAGCGCCAGGGCGAGAAAUUUGUGUGCCAACGGGAUAAGGAAACCUUGGAGCUCAUGUGUUUCGACAAGAAAUCACGCCUGCGAGGUCCCUCCAUUGCCGGUCGAGUACACGUACACCGAAACUGUGCUUUGGGUGAAGAUGGGAUGGAAGAGAUCAACAAGCUGACACUAGUUUGGAAGGGCCUUCCGGCAGAUGAGCACAAGAAGGCCAAUGGCUUUUGGUACAUUCAGAAUGCCAAGAGUGAUGAUCUUCAGCCACCCCUGGCCAUACUCCUCAGCAGGUCUCCUCCGUGGACCUGGCAUGCACCUUGGUGGUUGGGUUUGCCGGGCCCCGAGCAGCGUUUUCGCUCGGAGCCCUCGCUGGCUGUGCGUUUGGACUCCGUCAGCCCAUCGGAGGAAGCCAACCUUCGCAAGAGCCUGUCGACGGUUGAGCGGCCAGAGAAGCUUCUGGAGGUGACUGAGUCACUGGCUGCCCAGAAGCUUCUGCGCCGGGCAGAGGAGGCCAAGGCAGCUGAGAAAGUGCAAUGCUUCAGGCGAGAGGAAGAGCAAAGCGACUGGCAGCAGGCUGCUGCGAUCUUCGAUGCCACGGCUGCCCAGCUGUGCCAGAUCUUGCAGGAGCUUCAGGGCGCGGAUGCCGCCCUCCGCCGGCGCUUGUUGACCAAGAAGCGACGUCCCGUGUGGUCGCGCUGGACCGAGACCGCUGGACCGCUGGACCGAGACCGUGUGUCGCACGCGGAGAAAAAGACCGAGGCAGUUGCACGGUGGGACGUGAGGUACCCGACGGUCGAACGUGGAGGUGGAGGUGACGGGGUGACAUUGCUGCUGCUGGAUUUGCAGUCUGACAACCCUCGGAAGCGCAUGGAGGCGGGCUUGGCUGUGGCCAAGCAGGCGGCAAUCGGCCUCCGGCACCAGGUGAAUUUGGUGGACGCUGGUCUGGUGGAGCCGCUCGUGCGACAACUGAAGGAGGGCACCGGCGAUGAACGCGUCGCGGUGGCCACGGCCUUGUCGCGCCUCGCGCGGCGGAACCCCACUGGGCAGCUGGAGAUCGUGGUGGCCGGUGCGGUCACACCGUUGCGGAAGCAGCUGUUGGCCGCUACGGCCAUCCAGCGGGUGGCUGCUGCUGUGUGCAUCAGCCGCUUGGUAGAGGGCAACCCGGAGACCCAGCGUGCCUUUAGCGUGGAGGGCGCUGGCCGGUUGCUGGUGGGGAUGCUGAAUGCUCAGACAUACGAAGAGCGGAUCCAUGCCGCGGUCGCCUUGGGCCAUUUGGCCACCGAGAACGACGAGACGCAGGCACGCCUUGUGGAAGGCGGCGCGGUGGAGAAGUUGGCUGAGCUGCUGAAAGCAGAAGACGGCCUCGAGCGGGACUGCGCCUCCUUUGCCCUAGCCAACACCUUGCAAUUGAGCUAUGAUCAAAUCGUGAAGGACGUGGCCGAGGCGCAGGAAGUGGACGUGGCCAUCCAGAUUUGGAACAACAACCUCAACGGACGGAAACGGCAGACCAUGAUCCAACCGAAGAAGAAUCCCAAGUUCUUCUUCAGGAGCAAUGUCAGCAGCAGUGCCUUGAAUCAAGCCGAGGACACCUAG